UCAGAUGACGGUCACGUGCUCCAGUCAGCUGACCCUAACGCUCGACAGACGGAUCUGACGGUCAGCCAGGAUGCCUUUCUCCGAGCUCUAUUUCAACGUUGAUAACGGCUACCUGGAGGGGCUGGUCCGGGGGUUCAAGGCCGGAAUACUGUCCCAGGCGGAUUACUUAAACCUGGUGCAGUGCGAGACUCUGGAAGAUCUGAAGCUCCACCUGCAGAGCACCGACUAUGGCAGCUUCCUGGCCAACGAGGCGUCUCCACUCACCGUCUCCGUCAUCGACGACAAGCUGAAGGAGAAGAUGGUGGUGGAGUUCCGCCACAUGAGGAACCAGUCGUACGAGCCGCUGGCCAGCUUCAUGGACUUCAUCACCUACAGCUACAUGAUCGACAACGUCAUCCUGCUGAUCACCGGCACCCUGCACCAGCGGGCCAUCGCCGAGCUGGUGCCCAAGUGCCACCCGCUGGGCAGCUUCGAGCAGAUGGAGGCGGUGAACAUCGCCCAGACCCCCGCCGAGCUUUACAACGCCAUCCUGGUGGACACGCCCCUGGCUGCGUUCUUCCAGGACUGCAUAUCUGAGCAGGACUUGGACGAGAUGAACAUCGAAAUCAUUCGUAACACACUUUACAAGGCGUACCUGGAGGCGUUCUACAAGUUCUGCUCCAACCUCGGAGGAACCACGGCCGACACCAUGUGUCCCAUUCUGGAGUUCGAGGCCGACAGGAGAGCCUUCAUCAUCACCAUCAACUCGUUCGGCACCGAGCUGUCCAAGGAGGACCGCGCCAAGCUCUUCCCCCACUGCGGCAAGCUUUACCCAGAAGGCCUCGCUCAGCUGGCGCGGGCCGACGACUACGAGCAGGUCAAGAUCGUCGCCGACUUCUACCCGGAGUACAAGCUGCUGUUUGAGGGAGCCGGCAGCAACCCGGGAGACAAAACCCUGGAGGACCGUUUCUUUGAGCACGAGGUGAAGCUGAACAAGCUGUCCUUCCUCAACCAGUUCCACUUCAGCGUCUUCUACGCGUACGUGAAGCUGAAGGAGCAGGAGUGCAGGAACAUCGUGUGGAUCGCCGAGUGCAUCGCCCAGCGGCACCGCGCCAAGAUCGACAACUACAUCCCCAUCUUCUGAGCCUCCUCCUCCUCCUCCUCCUCCCGUCGUCAUUUCAUUCGUGGUCAACGUUCUGACGGUUCGAUGCUGCACCUUCUGCGUUCUUCACUCUCGGGCGUUGAUUGAUUUUUGAGUUGCGUUCAGGCUCUUUAAGAAAACACAGUUUUUCAGAUGUCGCUGCUCGUUCCAAUUUCGCUUUGACUUCCAAACGCUCCGAUGGUCUAAACUCUGACGCUCGCUGCUGUUGUUGUUGUUGUUGUUGUGUUUACGGCGCGUCUUGUUUACACGUCGGCUGACAAAACACAAGAAUUUGCAAAUUUACUUGCAAAUCUACACUUUUAUUUAUUUUACUCCCGGUGCAGCAAACUACCGCCAUCUUGUUAUUUUGAGAUCAUGUCAAUCUUAAAGCUGCCGGACGACUUUUCUUCUUCUUUAUUUUUUUUGGGGAGAGAUUUAUCGCCGACGAGACUCAGUAAAAAAAUAUAUUAAAAAAUUGCCCAAAAUAAUAAACCGCAGAACUUCAGCCAUGAAAACAUU